AUGGUCUGGGGAGAUCUGAAUGAGCGAUUCAAUAAAGUUGAUGGAUCUAGGAGUUAUCAACUUCAUCGUGAAAUCUGUACACUUCAUCAAGGUAAUUUGACAAUGUCGGAGUAUUUCACUAAGCUGUGUCUUCUAUGGGAUGAAUUUGAUGCAUUAGUCCUACCACCUGCUUGUAAUUGUGGCAAAUCUAGGAGUUAUGUUGAUCAUCUACAAUUUCUGCGUUUAUUUGCUUUUCUAAUGGGACUGAAUGAAGUAUAUAGUCAUGCACACAGUCAAAUUCUUAUGAUAAACCCUCUACCAAGUGUAAGUAAGGCAUAUGCCAUGAUAACUUCUGAUGAAAGCCAGCGUCUGACUGCUGGAUCUAGAAUUAGUGGAGAUGUUCAUGAGUCAAUGGCUUUGUAUGCUGGAAGAAGUAAUCACUACAUGGAGAAGGGACCCAGUUCAAUCAUGAACUUUGGCAGAAGAAAAAGGCCUUAUGAUAAUACAGGAAGCAAUUCACGUGAUUCAAUGGCAAUAUAUAGUGGCAGAGGUGGAUAUACAAGUGCAGGAAAUGGUAACUACAACAACUCAAAACAGAAGAAAAACUGGCAUUUAGUUUGUGACUAUUGCAAGCUGCAUGGCCACACUAAAGAUAUCUGUUAUAGGCUUAUUGGUUAUCCAGCCGAUUGGAAGUUUAAGAAGAAAGUUGGACCAGGUCCAGGUGUGAUGAACACAGGAAGGGAGAUGACGAACCAUGCAUAUGCUGAAAGGGAUACUAGAGAUGAAUUUGGACCUAUGAAUACAGGUUAA